GAGCCAGAUGCGAACCUUAGAAGAGAUGAUAUACUUAAGCCACGUAGAACGAUGCACAAGAGUCUUUCCAUAAGCGGUCCAGUUAUAUUGAAGAUAAACCAAUGCUUCUUCACAUUUCUCAGUGCGAUGAGAUCUAUCGUUUCUCUGUUCAUCACAAUGACUUACUCAACGAUAAAGAAGAUUAGCUCGGAUGAUGAAGAAAAUGCUGAGAUUAAGAGUAAGAGUCAGAGCAAACAAACAGAGGAUCCAACUUUAUCAGAGUCAGAGCAAACAAACAGAGGAUCCAACUUUCUCUGAACUUUCCAACAAGUCUUUUGGAAGUAAUACUAUCAAAUCUUUUUCUUAAAGAUAACAUUCGUGCUUCUGCUGUUUGCAAGUCAUGGCGGGAAGUUCUUCUUGUUUGCUCCUAGCGUUGAAGCAUAUCGAUCACGGUAUCGCUUUGAGUACUUGUAAUCUUGGAGCUAUCGAAUGGAUUACAGAGAACUUCCCUUGUUGGCCUUUUUUUGAUAGAUACAUCCACAACAAUCUUGUCUACUUCAAUGACUGCUUCUAUAGACUAUACGGAGAAGGAAACUUGUUUUGGAUUUGGUAUCUUCUUACUCAGCCUAGUCUUACCAAAAACCCAUUUUAGUAACAAGGAUGAGUUGAAAAAGAGAAUGCUCUUGGCAGAGCGUAUUUUUUGUUUAGAAACUGAGAGAUAAUCAAUUUUUCUUCUACUCUGAUUUUUUUCAACAAACUAAUCAGUUUAGAAAGAACCAUAACAUAAAAG